AUGAACGACUCUGAGAAAUCGAUUCAAACUCCCAACGACGGGAACGCAGUGAAAGGAAAGGCAGAGACACAGACAGAAGAAAUUGACAUGGCCGCGCUACAAGAAGCAGCAGAGCAGCACGACAGCAUUCUGGAUCUGGCGCAGAAACUUGAAUCCAUGCUUCAAACUCAAUGUCUGUCGGAAGACUACAUUCGCAGAAUGCUUGGGCUACCACCACAAGACCCUGACAGAAUCGCCCUGGCCUACACAAAGACUGCCAAUAUCUUGAAUCCGAAGGGCGACAUCACGAAGAGUCUCCUGGAAAGCUUCAGGUUCUCUUCAUGGUGGGGAGGUUGGUCCGCUCAGUUCUUGCUUGUAGUGCCACCUGCCACAACCGACAAGAUUUCUCCGGCGUCGUAUGCAGCUGCGAACCUCUACCAAAAUCUAUCGAAAAAGUAUGGGCAGGUCACCAUUGCUACUUUCAUCGAGAAAGACAUAGCUCAGUCCGAUGAGGGCCAGUCACCAGGGUUUUGCGAAGCCUCCUAUUCCAGCUCCUCGGCCGAUAUAGUUCUAGGUGCAGCUUGA